AUAAACCUAAAGAAAUGAAGAAUCCUCGUCCUUUCUGGGUUUUUUUUUUCCAGAUUUCUUUUUCGUUUCCUUCCUCAGCUUUUGAACUCGAUCGAGUAGUAGCAGUGGUGAUGGCGGUUGAAGGAAAGAGAGAACUGGGAUUGACACUAGGCCCUCUGGUGUUAGUCACCAUCUUCUUCGUUGGAGUAGACUGCAAAUGCAGUGGGCAAUGCAAAGCUUUAGCUGCGUAUUACAUACCGCCAGGCGAGAACCUUUCUUCCAUAGGCGAUCGCCUUUCCUCUUCGCCCACGGAAAUCCAACGCUACAAUCCUCAAAUCAAAGACCUAGACUACAUCGAAUAUGGCACCACAGUGAAUGUUCCGUUUUCUUGUGACUGCGCCUGGGAUAAGUUUCGGGGUCAUGUGUUUGUUUACAAUGUCAAGUCCAACGACACCUACCAGAAAGUGGCAGAAACUUACUAUUCGAAUCUCACAACCGUUGAGAUGUUGAGUCGUUACAAUAAUUACAAUCUUUACAACAUUCCGGAUGAUGGGCAGUUGAAUGUUACUGUGAAUUGUUCUUGCGGAAACAAAAGGGUGUCCAAAGAUUAUGGGUUGUUCAUAACGUAUCCUCUUCGGUCCGGUCAGAAUUUGGCUACGGUUGCUGCUGCAUUCAAUUUUAAUCAGGACCUGUUGCAGGCCUUCAAUCCCACUUCAAGUUUCGAAGGGAGUGGUUUGGUUUUUAUUCCAGGGAAAGAUGAAAAUGGAACUUACCCUCCGUUGAAGUUAAGGUCAAGUGGUGGGAUCGCAGGUGGAGUCAUUGCUGGCAUAUCUGUUGCUGGAGUUGUGGGGGUUCUGCUUUUGGCGGGUGCCAUCUACUUUGGAUUUUACAGAAAGAAGAAGGUGGAUGAGGAAUCCUUUCUCAGAGGAAAGCCCGAUGGCGAUCAAGUUGAACAUGGUCUUGGUAAUGCCUGCCCUGGAAGUACCUUGGAGAAAACUUCUGAAUCAGGACCUAUUGUUGGUGGUGCGACCCUGGGGCUCACAGGUUUUACCAUGGACAAAUCAGUGGAGUUCUCGCUUGAAGAGCUAGCAAGGGCUACAAAUGACUUUAGCAUGGCCAACAAGAUAGGGCAGGGAGGCUUUGGGUCUGUUUACUAUGGAGAGAUAAGAGGCGAGAAAGCUGCAAUUAAGAAGAUGGAUAUGCAGGCUUCAAAAGAAUUUCUUGCUGAGCUGAAAGUUUUAACACAUGUUCAUCACUUGAAUUUGGUACGGUUGAUAGGUUACUGUGUGGAGGGCUCGUUAUUUUUAGUCUACGAAUUGAUUGAGAAUGGCAACUUAAGUCAACAUCUGCGUGGUUCAGGGAGGGACCCCUUACCAUGGUCUACUAGGGUGCAAAUUGCCCUUGAUUCAGCCAGAGGGCUCGAAUACAUCCAUGAGCAUACAGUCCCUGUCUAUAUUCAUCGUGAUAUUAAGUCAGAAAAUAUUUUGAUAGACAAAAACUUUCGUGCAAAGGUUGCAGAUUUUGGGCUUACAAAACUGACUGAAGUUGGGAGUGCUUCAUUGUUCACACGUCUUGUGGGUACCUUUGGAUAUAUGGCUCCAGAGACUCGGUAUGGCGACGUUUCUCCCAAGAUAGACGUAUACGCAUUUGGAGUUGUCCUUUAUGAACUGAUAUCCGCCAAGGAAGCCAUUAUCAAGACAAAAGUUGGUACUGAAUCGAUAGGACUCGUUGCUUUGUUUGAGAGCAUUCUCAAUAAUCCGGAUCCUAAAGAAGAUCUGCACAAGUUAGUUGAUCCCAGGCUCGGCGAUGAAUACUCCCUCGACUCAGUCUUAAAGCUAGCGCAGCUUGCCAGAGCUUGUACGCUUGAAAAUCCACAACUCAGGCCGAGCAUGAGGUCGACUGUGGUCGCGCUGAUGAUGCUUACAUCUUCAACCGAGGAAUGGGAUGCCGUUUCGCUCUACAAAAAUGAGGAUCUAGUCCAUCAAAUGUCGGGAAGAUAGCACAUUGUUCAUCAGGGUUUCCUGGUUCCUCUCAUCUGGAAAGGCUUGAUCUCCUGGCUCAGGCAAACUGGUCUUCAUGAUCAUGAUCAUGAAUGUCUUCAAGGCAAGAAAGCAGCUUGGAAUAGAGCUGGUUGCUUCUGUGUUUUCCUUGUCUUUCUUACUUUCUUUCUUUCUUGGUAUCUUCUUGUUGAUCUUGUGAGGAGGCAUAUAUUGUUCUGAUUUAUGUAAGAAAUACUAUAAUUUAAGAACACAAAGCAUAUUUAAGGAGUCA